CCCGACAACUCUUGGGAUGCGUCCAGGGGCAGCAGAUGCGCGCGCACAUAUCAUCACCAAAAGUGGCCGGCUUUUGGUGUCGCCGAAUCGGAACCUCUGCUUUCGUCUCGCGCCCCCCUCCCCCCAGCACAUAAUCUUUGCACGCACCCUCCCGCAGGUGCCUGCCGGUCUCGCGCCGCCUAUUUCAAUCGCCUUCUCUCUCUCUCUCUCUCUCUCUCUGCGACGCCCAGCUGUGAAUGCCUCCCCCCUUUGUUCUAGGGUUUUGUUAAGUCACCCCUUUUCUCCGAUGUCUCUAAUGGCGCUGAGGGAGCAGCUCAACAUGUUGGUGAAUUCCAUGUACAUCGAGGGCUUGUUGGAUCAACAGUUCCAACAGCUUCAGAUGCUGCAAGAUGCGAGUAGUCCUGGUUUCGUUGCUGAGGUGAUCACCUUGUUCUGUGAAGAUGCGGAGAGGAUACUGACCGAGCUGACUAAAUUAGUGGAUCAAGCUGUUGUUGAGUUUCAAAAGGUGGAUGCUUAUGUUCACCAACUUAAAGGAAGCAGCUCAAGGCAUGACUACUUCAGCUCCAGGAGGUUUUAUCCACCUCCACAGAGAAGGAAGCAAUGGUUUUAAGCAAAUAUUCUCCAAGAUAAAAUGAUCAUGAAUGUUAGUCUGCUUUUGUACUGACAAAGACCAGUACCAUGAACACCUUGCUGAGUCUUGGAUGAUCAAAUACUCAGCAUAGUAUUCUUAUGCAAUUAAAUAGUACACAGGUGAUUCAGAAGAUGAAGACUGAUCAAGAGAUUUUGAAGGAAUUAGAGAUAUUAUAAAGGGAAUUCCCAUUUGAUUUUAUUGGUUCAAUAAUGCAUGCACUCUUUGGAUGCAAUCUCUCAUUGCACCUUUGGUACUUAUUCAUUGUAUAUUCUAAACAUUAAAUUUGCAACUAUUGGUAAUUAUAUACCCUUUUUUGUUUAAACUUAAUCUUCGAAAAUUGUAAAUGAAAAUAAAUCAAUCUGAUUUGCGAUGGUGCGAGCAUGCAGAGUGCAAAUGCUUGUGCACCAAGUAAUGCACUACUAACCUGCUGCAGCCCCUGUCGGGUACCUAGCAGUGCUAAAGCACCAAUGUUGAUGUUUAUGCACCAUCUAAAUAUUUUGAAAAAUGUCAAGCUAUAGUUGGAUUUAUCCUCAACCAUACCCGACAAGAUUUCAGAGAAGAAAACUGCAAAGAUGAUAUCCAAAAAAUGCUGAUUUAUUCCAAGAAUGCAUGGAAUAAGUGAGAAGAACAAGUAUUUCACUCUUUUUCUUGUGACUGUCAUGUGCAUGUUUGGAAAUUAAUAUUUGAUGGAUCUCAAGAUGUGCCAAAUGCUUCAAAAUAAAUUAGAAUGAAUGUACUCCAUGCUUAUCAUAUUUUAUGGUUAAAGAGUGAAUUAGUCCAUGAGACUCGCACAAAUGCAGGGUAUUCAGUGUAUAUAUAACAUGUUCUUUUCAAGCAGAGAGGUUUGUUUCCAUGGUAUGAAUCUUGGUCACCUUGUUUCCAAGGAGCAAACCUUACCAUGGUCUCAAGACUCACCCUCUAAUUAUAAUGUGAUAAUUAUGCUACCCAUAAUUUAAAUGUAUAAUUAUUAUGAAUUGUGUAAAUUGCACAAGAUAUAUCUUCAUAUCAUAAGGUAGUCUCAGUGUACAUACAUGCGUACAAUUAUUAUGACCAUAUCAUAUUUUGUCUAAGGUUUGCUCUGUAGUGUAUUGUAUAAUAUACAUUGCCAUGCUUCUUUGCUGGAACAGUGUAUUAUGACUAGAUUCCUUUUAAUUAGUGUUGACCUGCAUAUCUGAUUUCUAAUGUUUACCUUGUUAGGUAGUACUGAACUUAUUGCACUUUGAUAAAUCCCAGGAGCUCAUGCCUCAUUGUAUCUAUAAUUAUGUUUGUAAAACAUUACCACAUGGAAAAUCACUGAUGACAUCUUAUUUCCUAUUCCAUGAACCUCAUCCUUUUUUCUUUCUUAGUUGGGCCCUUUGU